AUAUAAAUCCGAUGACCAUACUUAUAGAAAACUGGCAUAUUUUUCGGAGUAAGAUAUUCUGGCUUCUACCUUUUGGAGCCACAAUUUUGCCGAUGAAGAUGCAUCUUUGCCACCGACAAAAUGGUUAGUGAAUAAUGACUUUUCAGGCCCCACGUUGUGAUUGUGAUAUACAGUAUUGCUAGUCGAGUCCUAAGAAUCACGACGUGAGACAGGAAUGCGAAGACUGUUGUCUCGAUGGGAGUGAAGUCUACCGUAGAUUCUCUCUAUUGGCAACUUUUGCCGAGGUUUGUUAUGAUGGCUACGAGAUUCUUGCAUGUGGACAUACAAUAAGUUUUACCUUCCACGUAGUAGGCAGUGCUCGCUUACGAUUUCUUCAUUGAUUUAAGCGAUAGAAAAGCCUCUUAUUCCCAUUCGUGUGUUUCACGCUGGGCUACUCUCUCUCACACUCCCUUCAGUCUGUUGGAUUCCGCCUUUCGGUAUUUUCUUCUCUUCGCAUCGACGUUUCAAACCCGUACCCGUUGUACAAUUGGAGUGUAGAUUCUCGUACUUCCGCUUUCGCAACGUGGGCAAGUCGGCGAGCUCGCAUUGGGUCGAUCUGGGUGCGACAUGGGUCUUCUGGUGCUGAUGUGCUUGCUGCAGCUGACCAGAUUGUCAGCGGCUGACAACAAAAUCGACACUCAUUCUCAUUUUUUUCCACAGUUCUACAGAAAGAUUCUGUUGGACAACAACAUCCGACCCGGAGGAGCCCUCGUACCUGAAUGGAGUGCGUCUGAGCAUCUGGAAUUUAUGGAUAAGACGAAUAUUUCUCUCUCAACUCUUUCCAUUUCGACACCAGGUGCUGUGCUUAGAGAGGGUUAUCCUGUCGAGGAAAGUCGAAAGUUGGCUCGACAACUUAACGAGUUCGGUUACAUGCUCUCGAAGGAGUACCCCGACCGAUUCAGAUUCCUCGCCACUUUAACUCUACCGGACGUCGAAGGAUCCGUAGCUGAAGCAAUAUACGCGCUCGACAACUUAAAGGCUGCGGGCGUCGUCCUUUUGGCCAGCAGCUCUGGUGAAGUCCUUGGGAGCCCACUUUGGAAACCCCUGUAUGCUGAGCUCGACAAGCGAAAUGCGACCGUGUUCGUGCACCCGAGCCAAUGUCCUUGUCCCCAACAAGACGAGACAAUCGACACCUGCAACACAGACGUCCCGGCGUAUGUUGUGGAUUUUCUGCUCGACACAACUCGAGCGGCAUUCAAUCUGGUUCUAAAAAACGUGACGACGGAUUACCCGAAUGUGAAGUUUCUUCUUUCUCACGGCGGCGGAUUCCUUCCGUUUGCUGCUUCGCGUUUGGCUGGAGGUCUGCAUAUUCUGGCGAGUCGAAAUGAGGAAUGGUCGCUGGCUCAACUGCGGAGGUUUUACGUCGACGUGGCCCUCACGGCCAAUGAUUUUGCUCUUCCCAGCAUUCUUUCGCUCCUGAGCCCGACGCAAAUCACGUUCGGAAGCGAUUACCCCUUCGCACGAAAAGAGUUGAUCAUGUCGACUUGUCUCUAUUUGGAUGCAUACAUCGAGCAAAAUCUGGCGCCGGCGGCACUUCAACAGAUCGACUUCGACAAUGCCUUCCGAUUGUUCAGCCACGUCUUAACAGAAGACUCUUUACGGCAUUGCGAACAGCCGUUAUCUUGUGCAGCCACGUAUUAAACGGAAGCCUCUUCAGAGCGAAGAGUUUAGUUUAGAGCCAGACCCGGACAGUUCCCGUUAUCCUCCGCGUACCGUAAUUAUAUAAUCAAUCCUUUGAUAACAGCUUAUGGAAGGCAUGCCCAUCGCCUCGGAUUAUGAGAAAAUCGAAAGAUCACGCGCACAGCAGCCCCGUGAGCUCCAUUUACACUGAGAAUAAGACCGAGAAUGCAGUGGACCUGUGAAGCAUCGAAGGAAGAGGUGUGGAAGAGAGUAGCAUCCAGCGUCGAAUUUACAUUUUUUAAUCUUUCUAUCAGUAAAACUUUAUCACUGUCAGCUGUAAGUUCAUCAGCUAUACAGCUGAUAAAUUAUGAGGGAUAUAACUAAUGUUGGGACAAGUUACAUGGCGGAUAGGGCGGGAAACGCUGUUCUUUACGGGGGUUUAUGCAAUUUUAGGACCCCAAGUUCCGACUUUCACAAGUGAGCCAUUUUAAGAUUGACCACAUAAAUUUCCAACGUAGUUUAGAUAAAAAGAAAAAAAAGAUGCUGAAAAAUAUAGCCAGGGGUGGAUCUAUCUAUUAUGAUAAAAGCCGGGAUGGGUGGAUUUUGUGGUGUUCAGGUAUCACUCAGCACCGUUAUCUUAGGCUCUCGUUCGCGGACUGAGACGUCUACGUAUUGGAGGGAAGAAUGACGAAGAACUGAAGGGGAUUAGAUUUGUUCGAUUGCAUCGGUCUUCGCCAGCUUUAUAAGGCUUACCAGAAGGACAAGUUCAUGCUGGUACAUGAAGGUAUUACACACCAUACUUCUCAUUGUGUUCCCUAUAUUUCGACCGGGUCGGUAAAAAUUCGUACUUGAGGAAGACACGCCAUGGGAACAUAAAGCGAUGUUAGAGGUCCAAACUAUAAUAUUUUAAACUUUGUUUGUGCCCUUUGCGAAACACCUAAUGCAAA